GGCCAAGCAGGGGCCACUGUGAGGAGCCCAGAAAUAAGGUUUCUAGAAUAAUGGUGUGAGCGGGGAUUGUAAUGCAGUAGAAGUGAUUUCUUUCCUCCCCUUGACAUGCAGUUUUCUCCUCCCCACUUUCUCAACGUCAUAUGAUCCAAUAGUGAAUUGGUUGUAAUAGAAUUACAUGCACGGACUAGACGAAAGCCAAAAAUCUCGAUCUUUGUAUGAAUUAGACGGCACUGCGGAGGACAUGGCAGGCACAAAGCCCACAAGAUGCGGGGGGAAACGUGAGAGCCGUGCACAGUGAGUGAGGCACCAAGCCCUGGACUAUUAUUCCCUGUAUAACUGUCUAUCCCUGCUCGCUGGGAGAAGGUCCGCCAUAUUCUGCCUUACCACGCCCGGGGAGCAGAGCCAUUGAAAAGGCUGGCAGAGGAAAUGAUUGCAGGCGCACACUGUGAACGCCACCGACAAGACACGGGCACUGUGCAGGCAGGAUAGGGGCUUUUGAACAGAAAUAAUAAACCUGAGGCCGAUCACCGAGAGACGACGAAAGAAUCGAAGAUCGGGAGGAAGAGAAAAUGUGUGAGAGGGGGAAGGGCACAAGCUGUUAGCGCUAUCGGGGGCUUCCCAGUCAUCCGCAGCCGCCUUACAACAGGAAAGAUCGGAAGAGCCUGGGACCAGCCCCGCUGCACGUCUGCCCAUAUCUAGCGCCUUUUCCCAUGGAUGUCACCAUGUUGUUUGGUUCAUGGUUCUAGAGGAGGCGGAGUUGGAGCAGUCUAGUGACAGCAGAUCGGGUGUUAGGUGUCCCCUGUACACGGGCAGCGCCCACCCACUUUAGGGUGCCAUCAGAUCAGCCGGGGGCACCUGAGUCUGAGGGGAACCACAAGUCACAGCAUUAUUUGACACCGCCUACCCCGCCUCUUUACAAGGAGAAGAAGCGGCAGUAGCAGGUCUGUGACUUGCAGGGUGGGGGUCUGUCUCUUCCCAGCACCACCACCAGCUUUCAGGAGACAUGACUCUGGAGUCCAUCAUGGCGUGCUGCCUCAGUGAGGAGGCCAAGGAAGCUCGAAGGAUCAACGACGAGAUCGAAAGGCAGCUUCGCCGAGACAAGAGGGACGCCCGCCGGGAGCUCAAGCUGCUGCUGCUGGGCACUGGAGAAAGUGGAAAAAGCACAUUCAUUAAGCAGAUGAGGAUUAUCCAUGGAUCUGGCUACUCUGAUGAAGAUAAAAGGGGCUUCACUAAGCUGGUGUACCAGAACAUAUUCACAGCAAUGCAAGCUAUGAUCCGGGCUAUGGAGACCCUUAAAAUUCCAUACAAGUAUGAACACAACAAGGGCCAUGCACUGUUAAUUCGGGAAGUUGAUGUAGAGAAGGUGUCCACGUUUGAGAACCCUUAUGUAGAUGCAAUAAAAUAUUUAUGGAAUGACCCUGGCAUACAAGAGUGCUAUGAUAGGAGACGGGAAUAUCAGCUGUCUGAUUCCACUAAAUAUUAUCUUAAUGAUCUGGACCGUAUCGCACAUCAUGGAUAUCUACCCUCCCAACAAGAUGUGCUUAGAGUCAGAGUACCCACAACAGGAAUAAUUGAAUAUCCGUUUGAUUUACAAAGUGUCAUAUUCAGAAUGGUAGAUGUAGGAGGCCAGCGAUCAGAGAGGAGGAAGUGGAUACACUGCUUUGAAAAUGUCACCUCCAUAAUGUUCCUUGUAGCCCUUAGUGAAUAUGAUCAGGUGCUUGUGGAGUCAGAUAAUGAGAACCGGAUGGAAGAGAGCAAAGCACUAUUUAGGACGAUUAUCACAUAUCCUUGGUUCCAGAAUUCUUCAGUUAUCCUCUUUCUAAACAAGAAAGAUCUCCUCGAGGAGAAAAUAAUGUACUCCCAUCUAGUUGAUUAUUUUCCGGAGUAUGAUGGACCCCAAAGAGAUGCACAAGCAGCAAGAGAAUUCAUCUUAAAGAUGUUCGUAGAUUUGAAUCCAGACAGUGACAAAAUAAUCUAUUCUCAUUUCACCUGCGCCACAGAUACAGAGAACAUUCGCUUUGUCUUUGCUGCUGUCAAGGACACUAUCUUACAGCUGAACCUGAAGGAAUACAACCUGGUCUAACUGUGCCUGUUAGUUUUCCCAAUCCCCCUUUGGGCCAUUGAAGAAAUACAAGAAGGACUGUAUUAUCUAUCAGAGAAGAAAAGAAACAAUUUGCAUAAUACUAAUUUAUUGCCGUCCUAAACUCUGUGAAUGAUCGCAGAGUUUGUAGUAAUUAUUAUGAUUUUAUUUAAACUAUGUAGAGGAAAAACAAACGGCUGCACUAACAUUGCGGCACCAAUUUUCUAGAAGAAAACGACUUGUGUUUUGAAUUGUAAGUCGUGCACUCACAAGGGCCUGUUUAAUUUUUAUUGCUUUUUAAUUUUUAAGACAGAGCAGGGUGCGUUGAGUUCUGCAUGAUGCUCUUAGGCUCCAUCUUGAGGGUAUUUUAACCUUUUCAACUUUAAAAUUACCAUAAGGUGUCCCAUUGAAGAAUCCUUUUCUGAGCUGCUUAGUCUAGAAAAAAAAUUAGGCAUAACUUUUUUUUUUUUUUAAUUAUGUUUAAAU